CAGAGAAGGGCAACGGAGCUGGUCUCCCGGAGGAUGGAGCCGGCGUCGGUGAGGACCAAAGUCCCCUCCUUCCUGUCGGACCUGGGGAAGGCCACGCUGCGGGGCAUCCGGAAAUGUCCCCGCUGCGGCACUUACAACGGCACCCGAGGCCUCAUCUGCAAGAACAAGACCUGCGGCACCGUCUUCCGCUACGGCGCCCGCAAGCAGCCCGGCGUCGACGCCGUCAAGAUCGUCACCGGCUCGGACUUACAGGUUUAUUCGGUGCGGCAGAGGGACCGGGGACCGGAUUCCCGGUGCUUUGUGGAGCUGGGGGUCUCGGAGACGGCCAUCCAGACGGUGGACGGCACCAUCAUCACGCAGCUCAGCUCCGGCCGCUGCUACCUGCCGGCCUGUCUGAAAGCGGCCACGCAAGGGGUGGUGGAAAACCAGUGCCAGCACGUCAAACUGGCCCUGAACUGCCAGACGGAGGCCACCCCGCUGGCCUUGAAAAGCUCGGUGCUCAACUCCAUGCAGGCUUCCCCCGAAACCAAACAAACCAUCUGGCAGCUGGCCACCGAGCCCACGGGGCCGCUGGUGCAGCGCGUCACCAAGACCAUCCUGGUGGUGAAGUGCAAGGCCAGCCAGAAGCACAGCCUCGGCUACCUGCACGCCUCCUUCGCCCACAAGGUGAACGCCAAGACGCUGACGGACCACAGGUUCUCCUGCUCCUGCCAGGCUCCGAAGCCCGGCAAGGGCGGCCCGGCCGAGGAGGAGCCGCCGUCGCCGCGCUGCAUUCACUUCUUGGCCUGCCUCUGCGCCUUCGCCAGCGACGAGAGCCUGGCGCAGGAGUUCGCCGAGUUCCUCGCCUGCGACGCCGGCGGGCUGAAAGGGCUGACGGUCCCGCAGCUGGUGGGCAGCCCCGAGUCCCCGGGGCAGGCCGGGGAGGCGGCUGCUGCCAAGGCCAAGAAGAGGAAAAAGGACGUCACGCCGGGGGCGCGGGCGGCCAGCCCCCUCCUGGCGCAGGACGCGGCUCACGGCAACGCCAGGAGAAGCAGCCUGAAGAAGCCGGCCGUCGCCUCCUCGCUGAAGAGACAAGGCUGUAACCAGCUGCUGGACGAGGCGCAGGUGACCCUCUCCUUCCAGGACUGGCUGGCCAGCGUCACCGAACGCAUCCACCAAACCAUGCAUUACCAGUUUGAGGGGAAGCCGGAGCCGCUGGUGUUCCACAUCCCUCAGGCUUUCUUCGACGCGCUGCAGCAGCGGAUCUCCAGCGGGAGCGCAAAGAAGAGGCUGCCCAACUCCACCACGGCUUUUGUGCGCAAGGACGCCCUCCCCCUGGGCACCUUCUCCAAGUACACGUGGCACAUCACCAACGUCCUGCAGGUCAAGCAGAUCUUCGACACGCCCGAGCUGCCGCUGGAGAUCACGCGCAGCUUCGUGCAGAACCGGGACGGCUCCUACGAGCUCUUCAGGUGUCCCAAGGUGGAGGUGGAGAGCAUCGCCGAGGCCUACGGCCCCCUGGAGAAGCAGCCGGCCAUCCGGCCCCUGGAGCUCAAGACCUUCCUCAAAGUGGGACCCUCCAGGGCCCAGGAUCCCCCCCCCAGGGCCUUCCCCCCGGAGGGCUUCUUCUUCUUCUUCUAA